CCGGGCCGGCUGCCGGGGCAGAGUCGCUGGGCUGCGCCCCAGCUGGUGCCCGCGUCCCAUGGGGAGAGGAGCGCGCGCGUCCCACCUUCCUGCCCCGCGGUGAGCCCGGCUGGUCCCCCCACGCCCAACAUGCUGAGCCGGGUGCCCGGUAUAAUAUUCUUGGAAGUACUUGAUAAUAUCUAUCACCUGUAUCAGAGCACCACAGUUCAAGUUUAGUCCUUUUUACACACACUGCUCAGAACAUGGGGGAAAACGAUGAUGAAAAGCACAGCCAAGGUGGCCAGAUAUUUGAAAAUUUUGUACAAGCAUCAACAUGCAAAGGUACCAUUCAGGCCUUUAAUAUCCUCACCCGUCAACUUGAACUAGAUCCAUUGGACUACAGAAAUUUCUAUACUAAAUUGAAGUCAAAGGUAACCAGCUGGAAGGCCAAAGCUUUGUGGAACAAGCUUGAUAAAAGAGUAAGUCAUAAAGAAUAUAAGCGAGGAAGAUCUUGUAUGAACACUAAGUGUUUGAUUAUUGGAGGUGGUCCAUGUGGUUUGCGGACUGCCAUAGAACUUGCCUUUCUGGGAGCCAAGGUUGUGGUUGUGGAGAAGCGGGACACUUUUUCAAGAAACAAUGUGCUGCAUCUCUGGCCUUUUACAAUUCAUGACCUCCGGGGUUUGGGAGCGAAAAAGUUUUAUGGAAAAUUCUGCGGAGGAUCUAUUGACCAUAUCAGUAUUCGACAGCUUCAGCUUAUCCUCUUCAAAGUUGCACUUAUGCUGGGAAUUGAAAUCCACGUGAACGUAGAGUUUGUGAAAGUUCUGGAACCUCCUGAAGAUCAGGAAAACCAAAAGAUAGGUUGGCGGGCUGAAUUUCUCCCAAUGGAUCACCCUCUGUCAGAGUUUGAAUUUGAUGUUAUUAUUGGUGCAGAUGGUCGCAGGAACACGUUAGAAGGUUUUAGAAGGAAGGAGUUUCGUGGAAAGCUGGCUAUAGCUAUCACAGCCAACUUUAUCAACAGAAACACAACUGCAGAAGCCAAGGUGGAAGAAAUUAGUGGUGUCGCUUUCAUCUUCAAUCAAAAAUUCUUCCAGGACCUUAAAGAGGAAACGGGAAUUGACCUGGAGAAUAUUGUUUACUACAAAGAUAGCACUCACUAUUUUGUAAUGACAGCAAAAAAGCAGAGUCUUCUGGACAAAGGAGUGAUUAUCAAUGACUAUAUUGAUACCGAGAUGCUUCUCUGUGGGGAAAAUGUAAACCAGGACAAUCUGCUGUCGUAUGCAAGGGAAGCUGCAGACUUUGCAACCAAUUACCAGCUGCCUUCCUUGGAUUUUGCGAUUAAUCACUAUGGGCAGCCAGACGUGGCUAUGUUUGAUUUUACUUCCAUGUAUGCCUCUGAAAAUGCUGCACUAAUAAGAGAAAGGAACAGACAUCAGCUCUUAGUUGCCCUUGUUGGAGAUAGUUUACUUGAGCCCUUCUGGCCGAUGGGUACUGGCUGUGCAAGAGGCUUCCUAGCUGCUUUUGAUACAGCAUGGAUGGUGAAGAGCUGGGAUCAAGGAAAACCCCCACUAGAGAUCCUUGCUGAACGAGAGAGCAUUUAUCGACUAUUGCCCCAGACUACACCCGAAAAUAUCAACAAGAACUUUGACCAGUAUACCAUUGACCCAGGAACACGCUAUCCAAACUUGAACUCCAGCUGUGUUCGACCUCAUCAGGUUAGACAUUUGUAUGUUACAAAUGAGCUACAACAAUGCCCUCUUGCAAGGGUCAGCUCUAUUAGAAGAUCAGUGAAUGUCUCAAGGCAUGAAUCCGAUAUUCGACCUAAUAAGCUUUUAACCUGGUGUCAGAAACAGACAGAAGGCUACAGGAACAUUAAUGUCACUGAUCUCACUACUUCUUGGAGGAGUGGCCUUGCGCUGUGUGCAAUUAUGCACCGCUUCAGACCUGACCUCAUUGACUUUGACUCUUUGAAUGAAGAAAAUGUUGUUGAAAACAACCAGCUGGUGUUUGACAUUGCUGAACGAGAGUUUGGAAUUCCUCCAGUCACCACUGGGAAAGAGAUGGCGUCUGCUGGAGAGCCUGAUAAACUUAGCUUGGUCAUGUACCUCUCAAAAUUCUAUGAGCUAUUUAGAGGAACCCCUCUGAGAGCAGUUGAUGCUGUGGAUAAGCAAAAUGGAGAAAAUAAUGACCUUUGCUCAGCAAAAUCAUCAAACUUCAUCUUUAAUAACUACAUCAAUUUAACGUUCCCAAGGAAGCGAGUACCAAAAGUUGAAAGGAGAGAAGAAAAUGAUAUGAACAAAAGGCGUCGAAAGGGCCUUGGUGGCUUUGAAGAGGCUUCAAGUUUUUCUAGUCGGGCGACAAUUUCUGGGAAAGAUCAGGGCGACAGAGAAGGAAUGAAUCAAAAUAAAGUCAAGUCAAUGGCAACGCAGCUGUUGGCAAAGUUUGAAGAAAAUGCCCCAAACACAUCUCUCCGGAGACAAACGACUGUAGGGAAGGUGUCGCGUGGAAUAGGUGUUGUGGCUGAAGUCCUUGUCAAUCUCUAUGUGAAUGACCACAGGCCCAAGCCACAGUUUUCCUCCCCAGAACUGGGAUCUCUGCGAAAAGAAUUUCCUCAGACUAUAGGUGGCAGUGACAUCUGUUACUUCUGCAAGAAACGGGUAUACGUCAUGGAGCGGCUGAGUGCAGAGGGCCACUUCUUUCAUAGGGAAUGCUUUAAGUGUGAUGUAUGUUCUACAACGCUCCGCCUAGCAAUCUACGCUUUUGAUGUAGAACAAGGUAAAUUUUACUGCAAAUCUCAUUUUACACACUGUAAAACAAGCAAUAAGCACAGGAAAAGACGAUCUACAUUAAAGACGCAAGAGAAACUCGAAACAGAAAUGUGGAUGCAAGAGGAACCCAAGCACCCAGAAACCACCACAGAAAGUACUUCUACUACUGUUAGCGGUCCAGAAGACAGGCCCCCAGGUAUCAUGACUUCCUUCUUUAGGAAAACUCUAAGCUGGCCCCUUAGGGUGACGAGGGAUCUGCUUGACAUUCCAAGACGCCUUUCUAACUGGAUGCAUGGUUUUCUGCACGCUAUCAAUCUUCAUUUGAGGGACAAUGCAUACAACUAUACCUAUUUGUAUGAACUCUUGAGCCUUGGUGUGCCAUUCCUGUGUGCGCUGCUAGAGGUACUUACUCAUAUGUACCGGGAAGCAGAGCUAUCACUUGAAAACAUGCUUGAAUGGGUGAAAAAGUUCUUUAGAGUUUAAAUUCUUAAGUGUCUUGCUAAUUUGUGCCUUUCAGAUUUCCAAAAUUAACAGCCUUGCAAUAUGUUUAUAUACAUUUCAAUUUAAUAUGUGCUUUAAGUGAACAAAGAGCUUACUUUGAUAGACUAAGUGCAAUCAAAACACACUAUGAAUUUAAAACGUGUACUGUACAAGAAAGGUAUCAUGAAGUUCAGUGUCCAGAAGCAUUUCCAGAACAUGGGGACUAAAUGAAGGAUAUUUUAUAAACAUUUGCGCAGGGGUGGGUUCCUGGCUGUGAACAACCAUGUUUCUGGGUUUACAUUUUAUAAUUCUUGCUUUAAAGACCAAGAAAGAACAUGUUCUUUCAGACAUUUCAGGAUAAUAGUGACAAGUGACUGGGUUUUGAAACCUGAAUAUGGCACAUUCCUUUUCUCUUGCUUUCAUCUUUUGCUCUGGGUACAAGGUUUACUACUUGCAUUGAGAUGUUUUGAAGGAAAAAAAAAAAAGCUUUUUACUGUACUUAAGGCACCUACUUCUAGCCAUGCCUUUUUAAAUUUAUUACUCAUGGUAUCCUUUGUUAAUACUAGGUAUUUUCUGUAAUACUAGUUUAUUUAAACCUGAAAUAAAUUUGAAGUGCAAAUCUUAGAUGAGUGGACGAUUAAUUGAAAUGGUCAGAUCUAAGAAACAUAGUGUAGAUAGCUGCUAUUUAUUCCCAAAAUUAAGAGGUUUUUCUCACUUGGGGGCUGAUCCAAAGGGGAGUUGAAUACCCACAGAUCUAGCUGAAGUCAGCUGGAGUUGUAGGUGCUGAAAAUGACUUUGGAUUGAGCCCUUAGUUUGCAAUAUAUUGCUCUCAGAUACCUAAAAAGCCAUAUCUGAGUAAAAUAGAAGUACUUAGAAAUAAUGUGGUUUUUUUAAACUGAUGAUUUUCAGUUAGAUGUGUUAUUAUUUCAGUGUAAGAUGCUAAUGGGAGAAAAAUCAAAAUAGUUAUAAAGUUGCAUCAUCUCUGAAGAAAAAGGUUUUUUGUGGUGGAUCUCAGUAUGAGGUACCUUACCCCAAAAGCUUCUCUAGAAUGUAUAGUGCUACCUGAUGACAAUUAGGCUUUAACAAUUCCCCAAACUCUAACUAUUGUCUAGACUCCUUUAGCUAAUUAUACAUACAUUCCCUAUCUCAGUGCUUAAAGCUGUAUUUGAUGGAGAAACAUGGACAGAUCUCCAAAAAAUUAAAAGCAUCUGUAGCAUUUUUUUCUGGUAAAAAGGUAUUAAUUUAAGCCACAGAAAACAUGUUGCCAGCAGUUGGUAGAAAACAAACAGGAGUGGUCACCUGCCAAUGACCUUAUAUGGGUUGAUUUGAAUAUAUAUAUAUUGCAAAAGACCAAAUGGAAGCUUCCAUGUUUGUUUGGCAGUAAAAAGAAUGUAUGUUGUCAAAAACAAAACUAGCUUGGUGUUUUAAUAGAAACAGAUUUUUCUCUAGAUAAUUUUAUCUUUAUUUUAAAAAAUACAGAAAAUGAAACCAUGUACAGUUUUCAAUGAGAAGGCAUUUUGGGAUUUUUUCAGGGGGAUGAGGAGGAUAUUUGCAAAGGCUUUUACAAAGAACUUGUAUGGUUUUCAAGUACAGCAUGUCAUUUGAAGCAACUUGCCACUAAUGCUCAAACAUACUCCAGUGAAAAUAUGCUAGACUUUUGACAGGAGACAGUGACCAUAACGGUAAUAUGGUAAGCAGGUAUAGAGAUGUAGAGAAAUGUUUUUGUGCUACUUGAGUAUUUUGAAUACUGGACUCCUCUUUAGUAAAAAUUUAAUUUAAAAAUAAAGAAGCCUAUAAUGUUGUUUACUGUGUUACUCCAGCAAUCCUAAAGAAUGUUAAGAAAUGCAUUUUCUGAUUUUUUUUUUUUUUUUAACAUGAGUUUUGAUUCAGAGUGUUGGACUGUCAGACACUAAAACAGUCCAACAGAAUACUUCUCCCCUAAGAUUUCUCCACUAAUGUUUGUCACUUGUUCUGAAUUUUAGCAGCCUGAGUAUAAUGGUAGUCUAAGUGAAUAACUGUGUAGUAAGAAGCUUGAAAACCUAUGAUGUACCAUGAAUUUUAAGAAAAUGAACCUUAUUAGUAGAAAGUGAGACAAAGAAGUUAAGCAUAGGUUGUAUAUAGAUUAAUUAAAAAAACACAACAAAUUUCAGGGCAUAUUCAUGAUUAUAAAGUUUAUAAUAUUUAUAAAAGAACAUGAAAUUAUAUAUUUGCUGGCAUUUCAAAAUCGUUAGUAUUGCUGAAAAUGUCACACUGGUAUCUAUAUAAUUAAUCCAUUUAUGUUUUAUCCUUAGCCUUAAAAUUCUACCAGUAAGGUUCAUAACUAUUCCUCUUUAUAAAUUAAUGAAGAAAGCCAUCACUCAUAAAUUAAUAAGGCAGUUUAAUUUUGGUUGAUUUUUCUACUUUUUUGGCCUAGUAAUCUGUGAAUAACACCUAUAGCCAAACUAAGGUUCCUCUCUUUUCUUUUCUUUUCUUUUCUUUCUUUCUUUUUUCCGAUAUCCUGUGUUGCUUUUAGUUCAUUUCAACAUUCCAGUUCUACAUCCUCUCAUUGGCUGAAACAUUUCUGUUGUAAGGUGAUUGUUCUGCUUGCCAGUUUCAGAAUAUUGUAACUAACCCUAAUAUCGUUUGACAACAUUAUGUGGUUUUUGUUUAAAACCAUUUUGGAGCAAACUGUGUGUGUCUGGUAUAUUAAUGGAUGAAAGCUUUGGCAUGAUGUUUUUUUAACCAAUUGCACAGCGCACAAUACAAGAAAAGAUCAUUUCUUAUUUUUCUAUAAAGGACAUUUCUUUUUUUCCUCCCCUGCAUGUACAUCUCUUAUUUUUUAAAUGUUCAGCAACUCCAUUGUUUCUCAAACACUAAUUAAAUAAAACCCUACUUCCUUCCAAGUAUUAUAUCUGCACUAAUUCAGAACUAGAGCAUGAAGAAUCUUACAGAUGGUCUUCUGUGUCUUGUUUAAGUGGAGAUAGUAAUGCUUACCAGUUUCAUAAAGCACUUUUGAGCUAUCUGGAUGAAGCCGUGCUGUAUAAAUGUGAACCAUUUUUCCUCAAAAUUCAGGGAGGAAAAAAGUUGAAGUUUCUGAUAAAACAAAAAUCCACAUUCAGAGCAAUAAAAAUUCCUAUGCAAGAGGGAAAAAAACCCCAGAGAUCCAUAGGCAGUUUAAUAAUAAUGGAGGUGCUCUUUUAUUUUUAAGGCAAUUCGGUUUCUAAUAUUAAACUAUCAGGGUUGUGUAAUUAGAAUGUUUGUUUGAUUCCAAUUGUUUUAACUAAUAACAGUUUUAACUAUGCCCCAUUAGCAACUUUGGAGUUUUGUUUUAUUAACUGAUAAUAGAUUUGUCUUGGUGCAUGAGAAGUUACUUUUAUUUCCUAUGAAGGGCUUGUGGGAUUUUUUUAAAAUGCCAAGCAUAUUUGAAUAAAAUAAUCUAAACAGAGAGAGUGCUACAAAUGAGAACCUAUGUACCAAUCCUGCAAAUGGAUCCAUUAGCAUGGAACCCUGCACUCUUGCAUAUUCUAAUUGAAAUCACUGGGACAAUGGUCCAUGUUGUGAAUGCAAUUGUACAUGCAGGAUCUUAGUGAAUUAAUCUGAAACUCUCUGGACAAAACGUUAUGGAGUUUGUAAACAUCCCCUGGUGAAGGAUUCAUCCUGCAUGCCAUACUGUAGAAUGAGGAAGGACUAUAGGAUCAGGUUAUCUUGCUGACCUGUGUGUAUAUAGUGCUAAAAUAAUUGAGCGUGCUGGUAUCAUUAAACUCUUUACAAGAAUUAUAAAUCCCUUUUUAAAACUAAAAACAAAAAACCCCAGCUCGCUGCAUGGCAUUAACCCAUCAUUUCCUGCACCACAAGGCUAGGACACAAGAAUGGAUUUUUAUAAUUUCAGUGGUUUGGUUUUUUUACUUAAACGCUGCAUGCUUCAUUAAGAUAAGGUUUAUGAAGGAAUGGUCUCUCAUUUCAAAUCAUUUGCUAUUGCUAUGUUUCUUUACCUUCUGUUGCAGAGUCUUCAUUUCUUUAAAGAAUGCCAUCAAGGAUUCUGUCCCUCUCCUCCUAAAUCUUUUGCUUUCUUUUUGCUUCAUGAUCUUAACUGAGCAAAUUUUUUAUUAAAUUCUGUAUUUAAAUUGUCACAUGGAAAUUCUGUAUUUUGCACACUGUGAGAGUUGUUUAGCUUUAUUUAUGGCAUUUGCUGUAAACAAAAAUAAACGUAGUUCUUUUUAAA